CAUCCGCGUUUUUCCUUCCGCGACAAUCUUCCAGCACAGAGAGUGAUCCCGUUCUUCUCGCUGUACAACGAAAUAAGGCACCACGCGAAUCGCUAGCAGGCUAGCGUGUCACGCGUUCGCAUCCCGGAGAGAGGUGUGCCUGGAAGGGGGUGCGUGCUUGCGGUCAACGAAAGAAGUUGACUCAAUAAACAACACAACCGACCGACCGACCGACGGCGUUGGCUUGUGUCGUAGUGUCAUUGGCAAAAGUGAAAGAAAAAGUGCGUAAUUCGAAUGUUACUGCGAGCAUUGUUGCAUUGCUGCCAGUCAAGUCGGGUGCUGUGCUCAUCGUGACCUCCUCUACCGUGAAGUGCGUGUGUAUGUGUCGAUAAAGAAAUAAAGUGCAUGGAGUAAACGCAAAUAAUCGAUAAUCAAAAAACGUCAACCAUACGCGAAAAAAGGGAGAAAGGGAAAGGCCACCUUGCUACGAAUGUGAAACCACCCAGCAGCAUUGCCACAAAUAAAUCCGCUGCACGUCGGGCUCAUCGAAAGGGAAACAAAAUAUCUCCUUUUCUUGUUGCUAACCAGCAGUUUGUGCAAUCUCACCGUGUCUUAGUUCACGUUCGAAAAGAAGCCGAAUUGUCGAGUGGUGCUAACUGCUGAGGGCAUCAGCAUCCUUCCCUGCCGUUCUGUUAACUGGACCGCGGUGUACUAGUGUCAUUAUCUUCUUCGCCGGUCGAUAAUCACAGAUCGAGCCACAAUAAGCCCAUCGGUCGUGCUGGGUUUUGUAUGAAGUCCUACUUCGAACGUGGUCACUAUAGGAUUUGACAUGGCCGGUAAUGGCGAAACAUCGUGGUGCUUUUCACAGAUUAAAGGUGCCCUGGACGAUGAUGUUACCGAAGCCGACAUCAUUUCCUGCGUCGAGUUCAACGACGAUGGCGAACUGCUGGCCACCGGCGAUAAGGGCGGACGUGUUGUCAUCUUUCAGAGAGAUGCUGCUUCAAAAGCGUCGACACCGCGGCGCGGAGAGUACAACGUCUACUCCACCUUUCAGUCGCACGAGCCCGAGUUUGACUACCUAAAAUCGCUAGAGAUCGAGGAAAAGAUCAACAAAAUUCGGUGGCUGAAGCGUAAAAACCAGUCGCACUUUUUGCUUUCCACCAACGACAAAACGAUCAAGUUAUGGAAGGUGUCGGAGCGCGACAAGCGCGUCGAAGGCUACAAUACGCGCGAGGACAAUGGUAGUGUGCGCGAUCCGACCUCCAUCACGGCCUUGCGUGUACCGUCGAUCAAACCAAUGGACCUGAUGGUAGAAGCGUCCCCGCGCCGUAUCUUUGCGAACGCCCAUACCUACCACAUCAACUCGAUCUCGGUGAACUCGGACCAGGUGACGUACCUCUCGGCGGACGAUCUGCGGAUCAAUCUGUGGAACCUGGAGGUCACCGACCAGAGCUUCAACGCUGUCGACAUCAAGCCGGCCAACAUGGAGGAGCUGACCGAGGUGAUCACGGCAGCCGAGUUCCACCCGACCCAGUGCAACGUGUUCGUCUAUUCGAGUAGCAAGGGCACGAUUCGGUUAUGUGAUAUGCGCAUAUCGGCACUGUGCGAUCGGCACACGAAGCUCUUCGAGGAGCCGGAAGACGUCGACCUCACGAACAAGAGCUUUUUCCGCGAGAUCAUCAGCUCGAUCAGCGACGUAAAGGUGAGCAACUCGGGCCGCUACAUGAUCUCGCGGGAUUAUCUCAGCAUCAAGGUGUGGGAUCUGCACAUGGAAACGAAGCCUAUAGAAACGUACCCGGUUCACGAAUACCUCCGCACGAAGUUGUGCUCGUUGUACGAGAAUGACUGCAUUUUCGAUAAGUUCGAGUGCUGCUGGAACGGCAACGAUACGGCGAUCAUGACCGGUAGCUACAACAACUUUUUCCGCAUCUUCGAUCGCAACACGAACAAGGACGUGACGCUCGAGGCGUCGCGCGAUAUCAUCAAGCCGAAGACGGUGCUCAAGCCGCGCAAGGUGUGCACCGGUGGCAAGCGGAAAAAGGACGAAAUAAGCGUCGACUGUUUGGCCUUCAACAAGCGGAUCCUGCACACUGCCUGGCACCCGCUCGAGAACAUCAUCGCCGUGGCCGCAACCAAUAAUUUAUUCAUAUUUCAGGAUAAGUUUUAGCUAAUAGUAACGGUAGUAGUGAGUAUAAUUAAUUAUUAUGAUAAUUGUAAUGAUUAUUAUUAUUAUUGAUAGAUUUUCCUGAGGCAGGGCAAAAGAAGUAGGGCAAGAAUGGAGCGAGCAGCAGAGCAGGGCCGGCAAACGAAAUCCGUUCAGCGUGUGUUGUGUGUGCGAACCGAGGAUAGAGUGCGCAAAGUGCGGAUAGCGAAUGAAUGGGACCGGGUAUGUGGAGACCGGUGGUGGACCGAAAAGCGAGUGGAUCUGUUGAGAGGAGCUGUGAAGAGCUUUACAAUGGCUUCAAACAACGGCUUUACAAGUGAAAACAGUAAGAAUCGUAAGAGAUGCGCCAUCACCAACCUAGCAAAAGUAAUAUCGCUCACCAUCAGUACAAGCAACAAUCACAACAAGAAGAAGAUCGAUGGGGUCGGAAUGUGCAGAAAUCGCUCAACAAUUCGGACUCGGAGUGCAGCAUGCAACCAGUGCGUGGAAAGAUUAUUUCAUUCUUUCCACUUCCACAAACAACAUAAUACUAUCAACGUCGCUUUGCUGAUGUAGAAGCUUCAGCAGCAGCAGCGAAGGGAGCGUCACUGCACUAUGAAUGGCUUAUUUGAAUGUUAAUUAUCCGGCACCUGGAGUACUUUGAGCUUGAUUUUGCCAACCUGCCCCCUUUCCCCCUUUGUGGCAAGAUCAAUGUUUCGACUGUUUCGGUUUUGUUUCAUUCUUGUGUACAGUUCGAUCCGCCAAACGAUGAGUGUAAGCUUUUUCGCCGAUCGGUCGAACGCGAUCGUGGCACAGACAGAUCCCCUCCGCAGCAGCUUCAGCAGCCAACCAGCCAGUCAGCCAGCUUCGAGUGAAGCUUUAGUGAAAAAGCAUUAUCAUGCGAGAACAAUAAUCGGUGGACGGGACGGAUGAGUGUAUGUGUGUGUGCACGCAGGAUGAAGGCGUUUGCAUGGGAACAUAGAAUGGAGUAAAUGAGUGAGCGGGAGAUAGGAUGUUUGAAGUAGAAUUUGAAUGAAAUAGUGGGAGUGCGUUUGUGUGUGUGAGAAAAUAGUUACAAAAUAUUAAAAGCAAAAAAAAAUCCAAUUAAAAUAACAGUUACAACAAGGCCAUUUGGGAUUCGUAACUCGUUAUCCUAGCGCCUGGUAGUAAGCAGCAGCAUCGGGUCAUAGGAAACAGUGAGAGAGAAAAAGAGAGCAAGAGAGAGCAGAGAGCGAGAGAGAGAGCGAGGGUCAAGAUGGAAUUGUAGCAAGGAAAGCAGGGAAAGCUACGCAUCUAGAGCUAAUGCGUGAAAUGUAAAGAGCCAAUAAGAAUAAGUAACAUUUAGCACAUACUGAAGUUUUGCAGUAAGCGGUACCUUCCGUGUAACGAUGAGACGGUUUGCUUACGUCAAGGUGGGUCACAGAUGGAGGAAAAUGAAUGGCAUGAAAACAUCAUAAAAUUCACGAACGCAAUGGAAAAUUCUCAUAUCCCCUACACAACACGCGCGCGCGUGCACACACAAUAUGUGCCGCUGCAAUAACCAAACAGAGCAAAACUAAGCUACAAUGCCGCGCCAAGGAUGAUUUUGGAACCUCACUUUUCCCACUCAAUAUUUGUUACAGUCCAUAUCGUUGGGUUUGCUUUGACCUGUACUGUAAUUCCGUUGUUCCGGUCCGGCCUCUGGGCAGCGGAAAGCAAAGCAAAGUUGUACAUCAAUGCGUGAGAAGCAGAUAAACAGUGUAGUAGAGUUUUGGUUUUUCGAAAUUCUACCGUCUUUUGUUUCUGUGUAUCAAAAAGAAAUAGCAACUUUCUGUAUCCAUUAGUGAUGGGAAGUAAUCUAAGAAACGCAAGAGCAGUAAACAGCAUGUCGUUUCUUAAUGAGUCUGUUUUCGGGUAAUCAUUUCUGCAAAUUUUAAUUCUUUAACAUUCGCGACUGCUGUUGACAACGGAAAAGUGGUGCGCCAAUCGUACAGAUGGGUUUAUACUUUGCUUUGGUAGCUGUCCAAUGCCGGUUUUCUGCAUAGUAUUCAGCAUUGAACGGUAAAAUGUUUUAUGUUUUCUGUUCUUCGGUGUUCGGAGAAUAGACGUUUUUCAUGUGCCGGUCAGGGAAAUCAAAUUGGAAGCGAACGUUUGUUUAGUUCCGUGCUACGGUUCAUGUUGCUUUUCUAUUUUGCAUUUAAAAAUAGAUUACGCCAGCGAGAAAAAAAGUAGAGGAGCUACGAAAGGAGGCGAAACUUACUUACAGCACCUACUUUCGAGGCAUUACAAAGAGUACAGUUAAACAAACAACCGAAUAGAGUUAAACCAGGUAAGCAAAUUAAAACAAGAGGUAAUCAUACAAAUAACUCAGAACAGAGAGAUUACAUAGCCACGCUCGUACAGCUAGAGGACCGUAAUGGUUUGCAUUUUCAUUGUUUUUUCGUUUCGCCCUUUGGUAACUCUAAAUCUGUGCAACGACAUUGUGGCCGCACGCAAGUGAUGCGUGUCCGUAGUAAAGAGCCUUUUACAAUCAUUCCGUUUGUGCCUUUCAUUUCCAUGUGUAUUGUUUUUGUAUUAUCGUUUCUUCAUCCUUCGAUAACCUAUGGCACAGGGUGUUUCGGUUUUCAUCCGUCGUUUUCGCCAUCAAAGGGUUUUCGUUGUUAUUAUUGCAGUGGCCAAAAUUGUAAUGUGUGGUGUGGGAGCUAAAACAGAAAAGACACUCGAACGCCUUCGAAUCUUCUUGUUAAAUAAACGUGAAAAUGCAGCGAAUAGGGGAGGAUAGGCUGGAAAAAGGCAACGCGGGGCUAAAUUGCUAGUUGGUAGCAUGUGAUACUCGUGUUUUUGCUCGUGCGCGAUCGAUAAGACUAGAUAACAAUAUAGGAGUUGAAAUCAAUACACAGAAAAGACGGACGGAACGGAACGCGGUGUAUCGGAGAAGGCCGAGAGAGAGAGAGAGAGAGCGAGGAGCGUGACAGCAGCAACAUUGGGGCAACAAGGAGAAACAAUUAUGGCUUAGAGGAACGCAUACGGAACAAGGAAGACGAAAACGAAACAACAAAUGCACAGCAACAAGAGCGCAAGAACGAAGACAGUGGGCAUGGAUUGGCAAAAGUUAGAGAAGCGAUCAAGAAAAAAAACAUUUAAGACAGAUAUAGGAGAGAAAAAAAUCAAAUAAAACAAUGAA